ACGACCUGCGCCAACCUUUAAAUAGACUACGAACCCAUUAAUAAUUCCGGUAGAAUUUCUUAUUCGCCGUGAUAUCGAAACCGAAUUUAUUAAUGAUGGUAGGGUAACAAGGUGAUCGUAUUGAUGUACAGUAAACCGCGUUGUUGUAAUUAAAAUCAGCGCAUGAAACAUCCAGCGGCCAUGUUAUUGAGCGGUUAGUUCUUUAUUGUGUGUGUUGAACCUACGAGCUUUUGACGGUCUGUCAUCUGAUCGUGUCUUCUUUUUUGAUAUUGUCGUCUCUAGCCGCGAAAUGGCGUUUUUGGGAUUUGGCCAGAGCGCGGACAUCGACAUCGUGCUCGAUGGCACGCAGACUCGUCAACUCGCAGAGAUCAAAACCGAAGACGGAAAAAAAGAAAAACACUUUCUCUACUACGAUGGAGAGUCUGUUUCCGGUAAAGUGAACGUAUCCUUGCGCAAAGCAGGUUCUCGCCUCGAACAUCAAGGCAUUAAAAUCGAGCUUAUUGGACUCAUCGAAUUAUACUACGAUCGGGGAAAUCAUCACGAAUUUACAUCGAUCUCGAAGGAGCUCGCUCGGCCAGGGGACCUUAUUCAAAACACGAGCUUCCCAUUCGAAUUCCAUAAUGUUGAAAAGCCCUAUGAAAGCUAUACUGGCGCCAACGUACGUCUCAGGUAUUUUCUUCGGGUGACUAUUGUGCGACGUCUUACGGACACAAUUAAAGAACUUGAACUCGCAGUGCAUACCUUGUCAUCGUAUCCAGACAUUAAUUCGUCGAUUAAGAUGGAAGUUGGAAUCGAAGAUUGCCUUCAUAUCGAGUUUGAGUACAACAAAAGCAAAUACCAUCUGAAAGACGUCAUCGUUGGCAAAAUCUACUUCUUACUCGUUCGGAUUAAGAUUAAGCACAUGGAAAUAGCAAUUAUCAAACGCGAAACAACAGGGGCCGGACCGAACACAUUCACCGAGAACGAAACGAUCGCGAAGUAUGAGAUCAUGGAUGGAGCGCCCGUCCGCGGAGAAAGCAUACCCAUCAGGCUAUUCCUUUCGGGUUAUGAAUUGACACCAACUAUGAAAGAUAUUAACAAGAAAUUUUCCGUAAGGUACUAUCUUAAUCUUGUGCUCGUCGAUGAAGAAGAGCGACGAUAUUUCAAGCAGCAGGAAAUAAUUCUGUGGCGCAAGGGUGAAAAGACUCGAAAGCCUGUUAUGGCCGUACGGCAAUCUCCCACAGUCGACAGACCAUCACUACCUGCGUCCACGCCAGCGUCGCCGCAAAGUCCGCCGGUAUACGAGGAGGGCGGCCCAGAAGGCGAUGCUGGUGACAAUGGACAAAUAUCUUUUAAUCCUGACCAGGACGUUAACCCUCUGCCUCUGCCCAACUCCGUACAACCUAAAGAGAUCAAGGAGACGGCCAGCAAUGGAAGUAAGGAGGACCAGUAGUGAGUUGGGGGCUGAGUCCUAGCGGGAAAAUCGCGUAGCUAAAUAUCGCACGUAAGCCACCGCGAUAGCAGCAACAACAACAACAGAAACAACACUACAACAAUAUCAGGAUCAAUGGUUUAAGAGAGAAAGUAGAAAAAGAAAGAAGCACAACAGAUAAAAGUAUGCAUAUUUAGCUUUGCGUUCUUGAAAAAAAUGUAGCCACAUUGGCAGCGCAACAGACACAAUGUCAAGCAACAGCAGCCCUUACCCGGGCUGCCGAUACUUUUAUAGAUAAGUGAUGAUAGUGAUGAGGGACUGAUUAUAUGAUGCCUUACAUAUUUAGGCAGAGAGAGAGAGAGAGAAAAAGACUAAUUUCAAGAUUGCGAAUAAUUGGUUACGUGUAUGUGGUAACAGCAAAAAAGAUGGAAGCACAAGCACACAUUAAAGACUUCACUUAGAAAUGGUUGAUUUCAGAACAAAUCUGAUUGAACAUUGAAAAGGCCUGUUUUUGGAACGUGUAGGAAAAUGCGUGAUGGCCAGUGAGGUUUUACAACUUGUUGCGGUAAAUUGGAGUUAACUGUCGUAACUAAGCGUUAGCAAUAGAAGAUGAGUGAAGAUGAGCAACGUGACAUACAAAAAUUAAUGGUAGUCCGGAAAAUAGUUAAAAAAAAAAUGUCGGUGUGAUCAGAGCUGACACUCAUGAUCUAUUCUACGCUACCGAUAACAUGCUAUUUAUGGGCCUGAACAUUCGCUAUAGGGUGGUCACAUGCGGCAGGCUACUGCACUCAGAUAUAUGACACAGCAAAUAUUCUUAGUGCUAUGGCUAUAUUAUUACAAUCACACUUAGAUAUGAAACAACUUUCUUUAUUUACACUCUAUAGUUUUAUAUAUGAAGAUAUUCUUAUUUCGUCGAUCACUUCUGAUCUUAUAUGUUUCUACUGAUAGAUUGCUUAUGAAAGAUAGUCGUCUAUUUUCGAUACUUUACUUAUUAUGAUAACGAAGAUGAGCCCAACAAAUCUCAAAAAGCACAAUACACGCUACUACAUAAUAAUUAUAGUAACGAAGAAUGAUCAGGCACUGAACGUUGAAGCCACAUGCUACUUAAAGAAAUGGCACACACAAAUGAAAUUUACGAAGAUAGUAUAUUAUCAAUGAUUAUGCGAGAUCUAUAGUCAAUUUCAGAAAGUACGAACGCUCAGCAAUCCAGGCACACAUAUAUUUACAGACAACCAAAUAAAUGUGAGAAAUCUUGAUCAGUUGAUAUAGUCAGCGUGGGACAAAGAACAGGCUAGACCCGUCGCACGAUGUUGUGUUGUUACUGCGGCGUCUUUCGCAUUCGAGUAGGUGCAAGUGGUAAAUGUUAUUAGGUUUUUUCUUAUAUAAACGAAAAAACAUGUCUAUGUAAGAAGAAAAACACGAACAGUGAGGCAACGAAACGUAGAGAUUCGUCUGUGAACGAUGGUGAAGGUGCACACAGCAGGAUAAAGAGGUAAAAUUUUCAAAUAUGCGAUAUAUAUGUUAAGUUGAUUGUAACAGUAUACCAACAAUAAUAAUAAAGACGAAUAACAAAAGAAAUGAUAACGUGUUAACGAGUUAACGAGUGCAAGCCGUGGAAAUGGCAAUGGCCAACCGUUAUUCAAUACAGCAAAAUUAUAAAGGGGUAGAGUGAAAUAAGUAUAAGAAUCCAUCAACAGGAUUACCUGAGGUCGUCGACUGAAACAAAGGAAUAUAAAAAACAUAGGUACUACAUUUGCUCGCCGACGAGCAGAAUUGUAUCAUUUUUGCUAUUAGGAUGACAGGAAAGAACCAAAAGCAUGACUCGGGAAGACAGUAGGAAUACUGAUCAGCUUGAAAAAAGAAAUUGAUAAUUUUUCUGCUUUAAUGAAAACAAGUUUAUAAAUCACCGUCAGUGACGAAGAGCUAACUACUGUAACUGACGACGAUACCGUUAGAUUCUUUGCACAGCAAACGUUCGUAAAAAGUGUGAAGACGAGACUCAAUUAUAAGAGGCAAAAAAGCAAAAAGCUUUGCCAAAGUGGCAAAGGGCAUUUGAAGAAAAAGCGAAGUCGGGAAGGAGGAUGACUAAACGACAUAUAACGGAAACGACGUACAGGAUAGCUGAAGUAGAAAAGGAUUGCUGUAUAUACUGCCCUGUGAUCCGUUCGGGGGUACACGGGAGCAGAGCAUUGUUGUAAAUAUUUUCAAAUACUAAUCUUAGAUAUUGAAAGGUUAAAGGUAAUGACGGGUACACAGAAAGACAAAUUAUGUCGGUGAAAGCGAACCACAGAUGACGAUUAUGAUGAUGAUUAGGACUAGGGGGAAAACGAUGCUUAGAAAGAAAUCAAGCGACGACGAUAACAGAUCGUACGAUAAUAGAUGAGAGUAAGGAUAAUAAAAUAUGAACAUUUUAAAUAAAAUACAACUAUUUCUUCUCAAGUAUGAUAAGACAAGAACGAGUGCAUAAAUAUGUAUAUAUUUUAAACAUUUCAUUUAAAAACUAAUUAGAAGUAAAGACAAAAGCCACAUAAUGUUUGUAAAAGUAGGAUGUUUAACUCAUCAUAUAAUUUUUUCUUCCACUUUAAUAUUGGCUUUUCACGCCUUUCCCAAAAUUUCUGUGUGUCCUACUGUACUUUAUAUAUUUAAUUAUAUAUAGCUCUAUACAACAGCACGCCGUUUGAUCUAUCGUUCGGUAGUCCUAAAACGAGUAAACAGUCGCAGACAGUAUAGUAACAUAGAUGUUACGAAGACUCUGGAGCGUCUGCGAUGACGUCGCCAUGUGGCUGUGACUCGGCCAA